AUGGAACCUGCAGCAGCUCUGAAAAAGGGGCCAUGGUCUCCUGAAGAAGACCGAAAACUGGUCUCAUACAUCAUGAGAUAUGGCAUUUGGAACUGGAGACAGAUGCCCAAAUAUGCAGGACUUGCAAGGACGGGGAAGAGUUGCAGGCUUAGAUGGGUGAACUACCUGAGUCCUGAUGUGAGGAGGGGACCUUUUGACAUGGAAGAAGUUGCAAUUCUCAUCCACCAUUAUCAAUCACUUGGAAACAAAUGGUCGGCCAUAGCCGCACAGCUUCCAGGAAGAACAGACAAUGACAUCAAGAACUUCUUUCACACACACUUAAAGAAGCUGUUGAAGAUAAACAAUGCCGCCGCACCCUCACGGCCCAAACCCUCCAUCAGAUCAAAGCGACUAAUAUCACAAACAGUCGCCACCAAUCUUAUUAACAACACUGUUGCUGCCGCCGCCCCGCCGCCGCCGCCGCCUGAAUCUCCAGAUUCUUGGAACAGCGAGAACUACGAGGUUUCCGACAACAACAUCAAUUUCUCCGAAACACCGCAGGAUAAUAAUAACAACAAUAUGAUGACGAUGAUGAGGAGUUCGCCGCAGGUUGUUAUAUUGGAGAGCAGUCCGAAUUCAUUUGCGGCACCACUUUGUGGGGAAGAUCGUUUCUACACGGCGGCGGCGCCGGUGGAUGUGAAGAUGAACUUUUCAUCGUCCUCCGAUGUUGAUGCCACGGCGGAUUUCUGGUACAACAUGUUAGCAGAAGCAGAACGUCUUUAA